UCAAUUCAGUUUAUUUAUCUAACACAUUUAAUGAAAGUGAAGUGAAAGUGAAAUUGUGUAAUUUGGUCCUUAGAGAUAAAACAUUUUGUUCCACUGCAUGUUCCUACAUGUAGUAGAAUGUCAAUAACGCUCAGCUGACUUCACUUUCAUUACAGAAAAUACUUUUUAUUGUAUACAACUAACAAAUUAUAUAGCAAAUGAUUACAUAAAGUUAAAAAAAAUAGUAUAACAUUUUAAGAAAAUAGUCUGAUCCUCACAGCACUCCUAGACCUCAACCACUGUACAUUGUGGCAUGACUACAGUAACUCUUUCUGUUGAUUUGCUUAAAUGCACAGUGGAUGUAUUUAACACACAUCUUCCAGCAAUGUGCUCAACAGGGAGAAAUGUGGUUCUGCUACAGGGUCAAUGGUGGGUUACCCUUUUGCAUGUCUGGGCAAAACAGUCAAUCUCAGUUAUACAAUUUUCAGGGUACAUUUGAUGUUACAUGGUCAACAUCGCAUUUCUGUCAUCCUCAUCCAAGAUUGUUUGCUGGAAUGGAGACAGAGGCUCCACUGUACAGUUUAAUGCUCUCCGAGCUCUUCCUGGUUACGUUACUUUGCAUGUGAUGAGCCUCGGCCAAUCGGGUGCUAGGUCACGGUGACACGGUUUGUUCCUCCAAUCACAGACGAGGUCACGAGACAAAGCGCGGAACCAAAACAUACAAACAGAGAUGUUACUCUUUCCUGGAAUUUUCUUACCAUUUUCAUUUUUACCUCCGCUCUUUAUAUUUUCUUCACUCUUUACAUUUACCUUGCUGUUUACAAUGGCUAGCCAAGGAACCGAAGAGGAAGAGGCAACUGCACAGUCCUAAAAUCGCGGAGGCAGUCCAUCAGCUACACAACUCUGAGGAAACUGUAGAUGCUAUGACCCGGAGCACGGAUUAAGCUCGCCAUAUAAUGAGAUGGUCACCUCAUUUUAGUGGGACCACUGUCCAUAAGCGCGGAAUUGAUGAAGGCCUGGAUAAAAAUGACUUUGUUGUUGCCUGCAAGACAUACUAUGAGACUGUGCAUAGAAAUUUCUGGUACAUCCUAGCAAGUGUGGCUGCAGCUAAUAAGACCUCAGCCUGGAGUCGCCAGAAGAGAAAGAGGCUCUUGGAGGUGAGGCAAAGUGUACUGGCUGUGGACGAAGUGGACUUCUGGAGGGGAAUCACCGCUGACAUGAUGUCAGAUGAAGAAGACGAUGAUGGAGUCUCGGGGUGCAUUGUGAGACCUCCAUCAUUCCGCAGCCAGAUGCUGAGCAAUCUGUGGGCUAAGCUGCAGAUGAGCCUAGAAGCCAGUUCAAAGUAUGCAGCACUGCAUCACCGGCGUCUGUGAACUGGGCAUCCGUCUAACAGAACACCACCCGCAUACCUACGACCCCUAGGCAGCAAAAAGACAUUUGAUGCCAAACGUGAUGCCAUGACAAUAAUC